GCUAAAACUCUGCGCAUCAAUAAAAAUUUUUCUGUUUUAGCCCUAGUUGUGUGUAGCUAUUACUCAUUUUAAAUAUUUAUUACUAAUCAAAAUGAUCUGAUCAAUUAAUAAAUUUAUUGGCUAACAAUAAACUGACACGAGCGCGUGUCAGAUAAACUAUUGAAAAAUGAGUGAAAAUAAUCUAAACAUAGUUAUGGCGAGUUAAAAAAUGUUUGAUUAUUUUGAAAAUAAGUACGAGUACCUGAGCUAAUCACGGACGUGGAUACGAGUGAGGAAAAAUGGAUUCUGCUACUGAAACAGAGCAAAUAGAAAAAUUAGAAAAAGAGGCAGAAAGUUUGAAAAUUCGACUGGAAGAUGAAAGGAAAAAAUUGAAUGAUGUCACUCUGUUAGAUGUUGCGGAUAGAUUAGAGCCUAUAAACUGUAUAAAUGUUAAGCCUCGAAGAAUUCUCAAGGGUCAUCAAGCCAAAGUAUUAUGCUCAGACUGGUCUCCAGAUAAAAGACAUAUAGUAUCCUCAUCUCAAGAUGGAAAGAUGAUAAUAUGGGAUGCUUUUACUACUAAUAAAGAACAUGCUGUCACAAUGCCUACAACUUGGGUGAUGGCCUGCGCUUACGCACCAAGCGGUGCUUUGGUCGCUUGUGGAGGCCUUGAUAACAAAGUAACCGUUUAUCCUUUGAGCCUAGAAGACGAUGUGAGCACGAAAAAAAAGACUGUCGGUACUCAUACAUCUUAUAUGUCUUGCUGUGUAUUUCCCAACAGUGAUCAGCAGAUUUUGACUGGUAGCGGCGACAGUACUUGUGCACUUUGGGAUGUCGAAAGCGGACAACUGCUGCAGAACUUUCAUGGACACUCGGGCGACGUGAUGUCUAUUGAUCUGGCACCCAGUGAAACUGGCAAUACUUUUGUGUCUGGUAGCUGCGACAAAAUGGUUCUAAUCUGGGACAUGAGAAGUGGCCAAUGUGUUCAAAGUUUUGAAGGCCACGAGUCUGAUGUCAAUUCAGUGCGAUUUCAUCCCGGUGGUGAUGCUGUUGCUACAGGAUCAGACGAUGCUACAUGCCGAUUAUUUGAUCUACGUGCUGAUAAAGAGGUUGCAGUUUAUGCUAAAGAGAGCAUUAUCUUUGGCGCUAAUUCUGUCGAUUUAAGUGUCAGUGGUCGUUUAUUAUUUGCUGGUUACAAUGAUUACACUGUCAACAUUUGGGAUACAUUGAAAUGCCAAAGAGUGGCAUUGCUUUACGGGCAUGAAAAUCGAGUUUCUUGUCUUCGAGUAUCACCAGACGGAACUGCGUUGUCUACUGGCAGCUGGGACGCAACUCUUCGUGUUUGGGCUUAAAUACAUCCCAAUUUUACUGUAUUAUUUUUAUUUAUUUAUUAAUUCCACUGAUUAUUAUUGAUCACGUGUGUGAUAAAAAAGUACCAAUGUGCAUUUAAAUAAGUUCUAGAUAUUGUACAUGACACGCGUGUAGUAUACUGAUGUUGAUUAUCAUAUAUGUAAAAAAAAAAAAAAAAAAAAAAACAAAACAAAGAAAAAAACUUAUAACAAUAGUAAUAGUAAUGAUAAUAAUAACAGCUAUGAAUGAGAGAAUGAAUGAACAUAAGCUAAUACAAAAUAUGAUAUGCUAAAUUCUAUUUAUGAUUUGUUGUUAUGAGAGCAAGAGUCCUCACAUAAAUCAUCAUGACACAAAUACAUUUAGAUUAAGAAAAAUUAGAGUUAUUGAAAUGAGGAUAGUAUUAAAAUACUUGUAUAUUUAUUUGAAAUUUUUUGUUGUAUUAACGCACCAAUGUUACUAAAAACAAAAUAUCUAUUAUGUAUUAGGCUGGGUCCUCAGUUACUGUUUCU